AUGAAGUUCGGCGCCUACGCGGGCGUGAGCUUCCUGGUCGCGACGACCGCCGUGAUCCAUGCUUGGCAGACGAGGGUCGAGUACUAUCCCACCGUCGUGUUUCUCACCACCAACAAGCUUGCGCAGGCUGCCCUCGGCAAUUGGGCAAUCGUCAUGGCCAUCGGCAUGGGAAGGCUCGUGAGCAUGCUCUUCCUCGGGCCUCUGAGGGACAUCGAAAUUGAGGUCAUGUACGAGAACGCCCGGUACGCUUUCACCGAGACCUGCCUAGCCCUGACUGUUUUCAGGGGCGACCUCACGGCCGUCACCAUCGCGCUGUUCAUCCAACUGCUCUUGGUCAAGGCCUUCCACUGGCUCUCGAGGGCGCGUGUGGAACACUUCGAGCAAGCGGGGCAGCAGAGCCUAUCCUCUAUGGCGCGCCUCUGCAGCCUGGUGUUCAUCACCCUGGUCGUGGACGGGCUGAUGGUGACGUACUGCCUCGAGAACAUCCCCGUGGACCAAGUCAGCUCCCUCGUGCUGUUCGCGUUCGAGUACGCCAUCCUGUCGAUCGCAGCCUUCUCCACUGCUGUACACCUGCUCCUGCACGUCGUGGACAACCGGAUGGAGGGGGCCUGGCACGCGAAGGCGACCUGGGUGAUGCUGCUAGAGUUUUUCUCUGAGGUGUUCAAGUUUUCCUUCUACGUGAUAUUCUUCGGUGUGAUGUUCUCCCUGUACGGGGUGCCCCCUCUCAAUCUCAUCCGCGACGUGUACAUGUCCUUCGACCGGCUUCAGCGGCGCCUUCAGGCCUUCUACAGAUAUCGGCAGCUGGCCAACACGAUGGACGAGCGUUUCCCGGACGCGACCGAGGAAGAGUUGGCGGAGUGCGAGCACACGUGCAUUAUCUGCCGGGACACCAUGGACGCCGGGAAAAAGUUGCCUUGCGGGCAUAUCUUCCACUUUCAGUGCCUCCGCAUGUGGCUCCAGCAGCAGCAGGCGUGCCCCACCUGCAGGGCCAACAUUCCCGCCCACGUCACCGUCGCCGCCGCCACCGCCGCCGCGGAACGCGUAGAGCAAGGGGGUGCGCGGGCCCCAGGAUUUGCGGCGCUCGGGGCUGGGCCGGUGGGCACGGUGGACGGGGGUGACGGGGGCGGGGGUGCCCUGUUCGAGAUGCCGCGAGCGGCGGACGGAGUAGGGGCGGCGUCAGGCGGGAGCGGAGGUGACGGCGGGGUUCAGGCCGGGUUUGGAGCGUUCGGGGGAGGCGGGAACGUAGCAGCGCCAGCCCCGGGGUUUGCGGGGCUUGUUGAAGGAGGCGCGGGCGAGGGCGGGGAGGGAGGGGGCGCGCGUGGGGUGCUGAAGGCGGUUUUCGUGAUUUCUCCCACCGGAGCGCGGGUUCGCCAGGGCCUCAAGCAGGGCACAGCCACCGUGCGCACAGAGCCAUCGAAGUCGGUGCUUCUCCUCCUGGCACCCCCGUGUUCGUGCGGGAGCCUCUUGGUGCACGGGGGCUGGGUCGGUGGUCCGGGCAACGAGGGUGACGUAAGGCUGGUCGAGAUCGGCCAGUCGGCGCUAGGUGGGAGCGGAGGUGCCACUCCGACGCCCGUGGACGAGAUGUUAGAUGGCCCGGAGGCGGUCGGGGGCGGCAGGGAGGACGGCUUGAGACGACGGCACAGGGGUGUCUUGGCGGGAGCGGAUAGUUGA